AUGACUCGGCUAGGGAUGGCCUGCCUGCGGUCGGAUCUAGGUCUCCAAGGCCGCUACAGGGAGGGUGUCAAAUGGUUGAAGCGGGCGACUGAUGUAGCGGAUGCUCAGUACCCGAAUGCUCCCUACGAGCUAGGGUGUAUGCAUGAAACCGGAUGUGGGGAUGAUGUCUUCCAAGAUGAGAGUUACGCCGCGCAACUCUUUACUCAAGCUGCGGAGUUGGGGCACGCAGAUGCCUACUAUCGUAUGGGCGAUGCGUAUGAGCACGGCAAACUGAACUGCCCGCGCGAUGCAGCAUUGAGUGUUCAUUUUUACACAGGCGCUGCGCAGCGAGGUCAUUCUAUGGCUAUGAUGGCUCUCUGCGCUUGGUACCUUGUUGGCGCUGAGCCAGUGUUGGAAAAGAAUGAGGACGAGGCCUAUCAAUGGGCUUUGAAGGCUUCUGAAUAUGGUCUUCCAAAAGCGGAGUACGCUGUCGGAUAUUUUACCGAGAUGGGUAUUGGGUGCCGGAGGGACCCAUUGGAGGCUAACGUCUGGUAUGUCAAGGCUGCGGGCCACGGUGACGAGCGUGCAAUUGCCCGGUUAAAGGUCAUCCAGGAAGCCGCUUCAGGCGGCUCACCCACGAAGAAGGACAGGAAGAAGAAGGAGAAGACCGGCAAUAGGGCUGUUCUCGAAAAGAGCCGAGACGGUGAGGAUAAGGACUGUAUAAUUAUGUGAGGCAAGGCCUGAGGUUUCAACGGCUUUAGUUCACAUUUGUAUCUUUAUUUCUCACUCUCCACUCCCCCUUUCCCUCUCUUGUUUAGUCUCACUCAACUUCUAUCUAGUCCUGAAGAUAUCCUUUCUUCUAUUUUCAUACCCUUCUAAUUGCUUUCUUGUUGGCUGAUUUGCACAUAUUGCCUUUUGGUUUCCUCAAUUUGCUUAUGGGUGUUUUCUUUUCUUCACUUUUAUAUUUUCCAUUUCCAUUUGCUAUCUGUUUUCACUGUUUCUAUAUCCAUUUCCGAUUCUUUCCUAUGUGGCAUCGUGGCAUACAUUCCUUGGACCCAGGAGCCGGACAAACUAAAAAUACAUUUGCUUUCCUUUAGCAUCGGCAGCACUCUUCCAUUUUCGCAACUCCAUUUCUUUCCUAUUAUCACGCCAUAUAAGCAUCGUAAGGUGCGCCAUAUAAUCCUCCUUUCCUUUUUUUAUUUUUCUUUUAUUUUUCUUCAAAAAAUAUUUAGCGUCAUCUACCCAUUCCUUUACCAAAAAGUGAAAUAUGAUUGCUUUUUUAUGUUUUGCUAUUUUCUUGCGCUUUACAUGGGGAUAUUUGCACUUUGUGGGUUGGGAAGUGGGGAGAGGGGGAAGGAAGAUAGGCGAAAGCCUAGGAUUGGGGGGAUGCCACACAUAUAUCGGGCAUUUUUUAUAUCUAUCUAGUUUGUUGGGUGAUUUAUAGUUAGCUGGUAAUGCGUAAUAAAGGUGUCUGCUUUUGCAAAAAAGGAAAAA